AUGGAGAGAGUUAGUGAGAGAGAGAGUGAGUCCGUCAAAAGUGAGGUUCCUGGCGAUAACCUUAGAGAGGUUCAUGGUGGAAUUAUUUGGUCAGCGUUCGUUGAUAAUCUUAGCAGGAGAGUGAGUCGUAGUGAUUUAUGGGCUCGUUUUAGUCAUUUUGGUAAGGUUAUUAAGGUGUUCAUUCCGUUUAUCAAUAAUAGACCGAAGUAUAAGGUAAGCACGUUUGCUUUCGUCCAUUUUGCAAGUAAGGAGGAUCUGUGUAAUGCAGUGGAUAAGAUGAACAACGUCCUGAUUGAUGGGAGGAGGAUUUUAGUGGCUGUAGCCAAAUAUGAGAAAAUAUCUGGGUCGAAGAGACAGAAAGAUGGGAGGGUUGAUGGAGUUAAUAGUGCUGGUAUCUGUGGGGGAAUGGGUAGAAGAUUGCCUUCUUAA